AUGGAGAACACAACAAUCUCUCUUGGCACAGACCUAAACAUCAGUGACAGUGAUUCUCUGGCUGAGAUGCCGGAGAAUUCUAUCGAGGUUCAGAUCGUCACCAUAUUUCUAGCGCUCCUGAUAUGUGGAGUGGGAAUAGCUGGAAAUAUAAUGGUGGUACUGGUUGUGCUUCGUACCAAACAUAUGAUGACUCCUACAAAUUGCUAUUUGGUGAGUCUUGCCGUUGCUGACCUCAUUGUACUCCUGGCUGCAGGUUUGCCCAACAUCUCUGAGGUGGUAGCCUCCUGGAUAUAUGGAUACACUGGGUGUUUGUGUAUCACAUACCUGCAAUAUCUAGGCAUCAACGUUUCUUCUUGCUCCAUCACCGCUUUUACAAUAGAGCGCUACAUAGCCAUCUGCCACUCCAUAAAGGCACAGUUUUUAUGUACGGUGUCCCGAGCUAAGAAGAUCAUAGCUGGCGUUUGGAUUUUCACCUCUGUUUACUGCAUCAUGUGGUUUUUCCUAGUUGAUACAAACGAGACCGUUUAUGCCAACGGUGUAGUAGUUCGGUGUGGCUACCGUGUGUCCAGAAAUCUCUACAUGCCCAUAUACUUUCUGGACUUCACUUUGUUUUAUGUGAUUCCUCUGAUAGUGGCUACGGUGUUGUACGGGUUGAUAGCUCGUAUACUGUUCAUGAAUCCUUUGCCUACAAAUCUCUCUGAGCGAGGAAACGAUUCCAUUCACCAAGGACGCACCAACAGUACGGUCAAAGUCUCGUGUAAACCCAACAAAGGGGCAGUGUCUUCAAGAAAACAGGUGACGAAGAUGCUGGCAGUGGUGGUGAUCCUGUUUGCCCUGCUCUGGAUGCCGUAUAGAACGUUAGUGGUGGUCAACUCCCUCAUGGACCCCCCUUACCUCAACACAUGGUUUUUGCUCUUCUGUCGUAUGUGCAUCUACACGAAUAGCGCCAUCAACCCUAUCAUCUACAACGCCAUGUCCCAGAAGUUUCGCGCUGCCUUUAAGAAGCUUUGCAAAUGCAAGGGCAGACAAGGCACUGAGACGACAGCCAAGUACAACGCGCCCGUCUACUACAGUGUCAUGAAAGACUCGUCUCACGACAGUCCGGAGCACAUGACCGAACAGGAGGACGUCAGCGGAUACUCGGUCACGUCCAAAAGGGUCAACUUCUCAGACAAGUGCAGUGACGGAGACACAGGUGGCAUGUAUAGCAUAGCUUGA